GCCCAGCGCAUGCUCAGUAGCGCAAAGGCUGCUGGUACUCGGCUGUCAUGGCUCCGAACGUAAACAGACAGUUGUGAAUAACGACACAUGCUGUUGUAGUAUUCAGCCAAAUUAACUGCAGCUGCAUUUUAUCUGUAUUUAUCAGCCGGAGAAACAACUGCCAGGGAAUAACAUGUCCGGAGGAAACAAAGCCAUUGAGUUACAGCUUCAGAUGCGGCAGAAUGCGGAGGAUUUGCAGCGCUUCAUGACGGAGCUGGGAAGCUGGGAGGAAGACAUAAAGAAGAAGGACGAGGAGCUGAGGACGGGAGGACUUCCGGAGGCCCAGAAGAAACUCCCACCUGUGCGCAACAAAGACUACAAAACAAAGAUGAGGGAGAGGAGGAGGAAGAAGAAGAAGGAGCCAACAGGCAAUGGUGACGCAAAGGCUCAGGAGCCCGGUGAAGCCUCGAGGAUAAAAGCAUACGACUAUAGAUCAUGGGACAAGUUUGACGUGGACAAAGCUUUGACAGAGAUGGAUAAGGAGGAAAGUCCUGCAGAGUCCAAUGAGUCCGACUCUGAGGAAGCUACAGCUGAUCAGGAAAAAGCGCUGGCUGAGAAAGAGAGGGGUAACGCGUUUUUCAAAGAUGGGAAGUACGACGAGGCUAUUGAGUGUUACACCAGAGGGAUGUGUGCAGAUCCUUACAACCCUGUGCUUCCCACAAACCGAGCCACCUCCUUCUUCAGACUCAAAAAGUAUGCUGUGGCAGAGUCCGACUGCAACUUGGCCAUAGCUCUAGACAGCAACUACUUCAAAGCGUACGCGCGAAGAGGAGCAGCACGGUUCGCUCUGAAGAAAUAUGAAUCUGCAUUGGAAGAUUAUGAGAUGGUUCUCAAGCUUGACCCCGGGAACGCAGAAGCACAGAAUGAAGUCAAAAAAAUCAAAGAGACUCUCGGAGAUCAGGCACCAGCCGUCCCGAGUGAAGCCGCACAGCCACAGGAGAGUCCCACGGCGGACCCCGAGCGCCAGAGCCUGAUGGAGGAACAGCAGAGACGACAGGAGGCGGCUUUACAAAAAGACAGAGGGAAUGCUUAUUUCAAAGAGGGCAAGUAUGAAGCAGCUGUUGAGUGCUACAGCAGAGGCAUGGAGGCAGACAGCAUGAACGUCCUACUGCCCGCCAACAGAGCCAUGGCCUUCAUCAAGCUGGAGAAGUAUAAGGAGGCAGAGGAGGACUGCGCCAAAGCCAUUUCUCUGGACAGUACUUACUCCAAGGCUUUCCACCGCCGUGCCACCGCCAGAGUGGCUUUAGGGAAACUGGAGGAGGCCAAACUAGAUUUUCAGGAGGUGUUGAAACUGGAACCAGGGAACAAGCAGGCCCUGAAUGAGCUCCAGAAACUCCAGAUUGACGUGGCUUCCAGCGGCCUUCUCCAAACCCCCGACGGCACACAGAGGAGAACAGUUCAGCCGAUAGACAAACCAACACAUCUGCGGUCAACUAAACCUCUGAGGAGGAUCGACAUUGAGGAAGUGAGUGGAAAGGUGACCGUGUCCAAGACGGAGUCGGGCGGGUCCAAGUCCCUCAUCCAGGAAGUGACGAGGGAGGCCGGGGACCAAUCCUCUCCGCUGUCGACUUCGCCCAGCGCCAAGAUGAUCAAGAUGGAGGAGCAAGCAGAAGUCCCCUCACACUCGUCUGAGCAAGUCCCUGCUAGCAGACAGCCGGAACAAGCCGAGCAGGGGGAAAUGGUUCCUCCUGCUGCUGGAGCAUCAGUCAGCCCCUCCUCCACAGUAGAUGAGCUGCCUUCUCCACCCACCAACAGCUUCAAGCUGGAGGCCGACUUCCGCACCAUCGGGAACCAGCCUGAGGUGAUCUACAGAUAUCUGAGGCAAAUCAAGCCCGAGGCGUACGCAACCAUUUUCCACAGCUCCCUGGAGUCUCACGUUCUCAAUCAGAUCCUGAGGACGCUGCAUGGUUUCUAUAUCAAGAAUGAAGCCCCGGCCGUCACGCUGGAGAUCCUCAGGCGUCUGGCGAGCGUGAAGCGCUUCGACAUGGCCGUCCUGUUCCUGACCUCCCCGGAGAAGAAAGUGCUUAAAGAACUGUUUGACUUCCUCCACCAAGCAGAGCUGGAGGGAUCAUCUGUCACAGCUUUACAGAAGAAGUACGGUGUGUGACGCUGCUGAUUCUAUAGACUUUUUAGUUUCAUCACACAGUGCUACAUUAUUUUCCAAACCUAUAAUCUAAUACUGAAUAAAUGUCCAUUCACUACACUUGUGCUAUGGCUCUGUGGAAA